GCCGGCUCCGUCCGCCCGCCCUUCCCGGAUCCCGACAUGGCGGAGUAUUCCUGCGUCAAAUCCACCAAGCUCGUCCUCAAAGGCUCGAAAGAGAAGAGCAAGAAAAAGCACAAGGAAAAGAAAAGGAAAAGGGAAGAGGAUGCGGCGGAGCAGCUCGAUAUUGUUGGAAACUGGUGGGCUGUCAGUAAUUUUGGUGAAAUUACAGGAACUAUAGCUAUAGAAAUGGAUAAAGGAGCUUACAUGCAUGCCCUCGACAAUGGCUUGUUUACACUUGGAGCACCACAUAAAGGUGAUGAAGGCCCUAGUCCUCCUGAGCAGUUUACAGCAGUUAAGUUAUCGGAUACAAGGAUUGCUCUCAAGUCUGGUUAUGGCAAAUACCUUGGUAUAAACUCAGACGGGCUCGUUGUUGGACGUUCCGAUGCAAUAGGAUCAAGAGAGCAGUGGGAACCUGUCUUCCAAGAUAGGAAAAUGGCAUUACUAGCAGCAAACAGCCGUUUUAUCAGGUGUAAUGAGGAGGGGGACAUAGAAGCCAAAAGCAAAACUGCAGGGGAAGAAGAAAUGAUAAAGAUUCGUACUUGUGCUGAAAGAGAAGCUAAGAAGAAAGAUGACGUUCCACAGGAAGACAAAGGAAACGUUAAACAGUGUGAAAUCAAUUAUGUGAAGAAAUUCCAAAGUUUUCAAGACAAAAAGCUUAAAAUAAGCAAAGAAGAUACAAAAGCCCUUAGAAAAGCCAGAAAAGAAGGCACUUUUCAUGAAAUGCUACUUGACAGGAGAGCUAAAGUGAAAGCAGAUAGAUACUGCAAGUGACAUCCAGCUGGCCCAUUUUCUUCUGCAACUUUCAUGGCAGCAUCAAAUUGAAAAAGAGUAAAAUAUUUUAUAGGUGUUUUUUAUUUAAAGCAUUUUUUAAGUAUCUUGAGGAAUUGUAUUAAAAUUUUCUCAAAUAUUAAUAAUCCAGUUAUCUUGUUAACUGUAUAAUUUGUGAAUACUUGGCUUGUAUGAAGGGAAUGGCUCCAACAAAAAUUAAAGGUAAAUCAAUUAAUAAUGGUAAGUUAUUUGCCAUGUAACUUAAGCUCUGGGAGACAGACUGUGCACUGAUUUAGUCCAGAGAGAAAGCUCCCUGACUUUUAGUUGCUUUUAGGACAAAAUUUAGAAAUAAAUAGAUUAUUGUAUGCAGAUGUUCCUGGCCAGAGUCAGGAAUUCUUGGAUAAAAAUGCAGCAAUAGCUGUGAGGUGUGCUGUGGCAGAGAGGGAGAAAAAAAGUUACUGAUUUUACUCCUUAGUUUGGCCUAGGACUGGGG